AUGGACAAGUCACACCGUGCAUCCUUAUCCUCAUUCUUAUUACUAGACAGCCCGCCUCCGGAGAGGGAGCUGAACUACUGGGAACAGCAGAAGCAGCAGAAGAAGCAGCAGAAAAGCCUCAGCUCAGCUGCCACCUCUGCCGCCCCCUCCUCCUCAGCCUCAACCUCAGAUCCCUUGAAGAAACAAGGGAUCUUCGUCCAAGAUGAGGAUUCCAGCAUCAUCGUGGGAGACAGCAGCCCUCCCCCGCAAGCUACUGGGGCACCACGCCGAGCAACGCUCACAUCGGUACCCGCUCCCAAGCAGUCUGUCAAGAGGAGGCUGUUUGUCGACGAUGAGGAGCCUGGCGUCCUCACUCAAUCAAAGAAACGUGCGGUGGAAGAGGAUGAGGAGGAGGACAGCUCCAUAAUGACGUUGUUACAGCAGGAGGAGGAUGAAAUUCUCCCCGAGGAGCACUUCCUCACCGUCAUCAAUAGGUACUCCCCGAAACCCUGGACUCCUCUAAGAGAGUUGAUGGAGGGUACACCUUACCCUAUUGAGGACGUGAGGGAGGUCUGCAAUCAACAUGGACGUCACGUGGUGCUCAAGAUCCGGCUGUCAGGUUUCAGUUAA